ACAAACAUGGCGGCGCUCGGAACAGCACGGUGCUUAUUUCGGACCUACUCUCGGGUUAAAAAUGUUCAAAAGAGCAAACAAAUAUUAUUCAAAUGUAGCGUCAGGACGCUUUGUAGCGGAACACAAGAUACCGCCCUCUCAGACAAUGCAAAGCCCCAGUUCACGGAUCCAGCUGUGCAGGACAUCCUCACCAGGAUAACCGGCCUGGACCUGCAGAAAGUGUUCCGACCCAUUAAACAGGAGCUGAAGCCGCCCACAUAUAAACUCAUGACUGAUAAGCAACUGGAGCAGGCAAUAGAGAUGGCCACAGAGCAGGCUAAGAAGCUGUUGCAGAUGCCCCCCGUCCUGCCGGAGAGGAAGCCCAUCAAUGAUGUGCUGGCUAAUGACCAGAUCUUAGAUGGCAUGGACACAGCCAAAUAUGUCUUCACAGACAUCACGUACAACAUACCACACAGGGAGAGGUUCAUUGUCGUACGGGAGCCCAAUGGGACCCUGAGGAAAGCGACAUGGGAGGAGAGGGACCGGCUCAUUCAGAUCUACUUCCCCAAGGAGGGACGCAAACUCACAGCGCCUCUCAUGUUCAAAGAGGAGAACCUCAAGUUGGUGUUUUCCCAGGACCGCCAUGAGGAUGUGUUGGACCUGUGUCUGGUCCAAUUUGAACCAGACUCCUCAGACUGCAUCAGGGUACACACAGCCACUUACGAAGACCUGGAGAAGCACAGCAAAUAUGACCUGCUGCGCUCCACUAGACAUUUCGGAGGCAUGGCGUGGUACCUGCUCAACGCUCGAAGGAUAGACGGGCUUAUAGUGGACAUGCUGAAGAGAGAGCUGUUCCAGGAUGUGAUUAGCCUCGUGUCUCUGUUCCACAUGGUCCACCCCCACAGUGAGUCGGCCCAGGAAGCUGCCAGCCAGCAGGCCACCGGAGUUGACCUCCUUCAGAUCUAUGCACAGAAGGAGUCCCAGAGGUCGGGCUACAUCGAGCUGGCCCUGCAGGCGUACAAACAGAUGGAUGCUGAGAGCUCUGCUGCUUGACCGGCCCACUCCUAGAUAGAAAUAUACAAAUUUGUCCACAGUGAGGAAUGGUACCCAUAACCAGAGGAAAGGACUGAAAAUGACAUCGAAUAUGUAAAAUACAUCUCUCUGUUCUUCACUGUUUGGGUCGUUCUUGACUGAAAGGAAAGCUAUUCGCUCCACAGCCAUGUCCAGAAGAAUUAGCUUUGAAACUUAUUGUAAGAUGCACGAAUUUAGUCACUUAUUCAGAGAGAAGCUGUAGUAAAAUUCUCCCUGUCUAUAUGUGUUUGUCAUCGGACCUCUGAGUCAAACCUGAUAUGUUAAGUCAAAUGAUGUACAUAAAAAAUAAAGAUCUUUGUACUUGUG